GUGGCGUGUACGGGAUGUCAUCAGCCAGGCACCGGUAGCGUGGAAUUCCCUAGUCAAACUUGUGUUAUUUUGUGGCCGUAGAAGAGUAGUAAAUAGCGCUUAAAUUGGUUUAAAAUGACGGAGCGGAAGGGAACAGCAAAAUUAGACUUUCUGAGAAAGAUUGAGCUUGAGAUCCAAGAGAAAUGGGAGAAGGAGAAAGUAUUUGAACAAGAUGCCUCACCAACAAUUGGGGAAAGCACAAGCAAAAACAAGUACUUUGUCACAUUUCCCUACCCUUACAUGAAUGGGAGACUGCACCUUGGCCAUACAUUCAGCUUGUCAAAGUGUGAAUUUGCUGUUGGCUACCAGUCUCUGAAAGGGAAAAAAUGCCUUUUCCCGUUUGGCCUGCACUGCACAGGGAUGCCCAUCAAAGCCUGUGCAGACAAGUUGAAGAGAGAGAUGGAGCUUUAUGGAAACCCGCCACAAUUCCCUGAAGAGGAGGAGGAAGAAGAGAAGGAGAAAUCCUCUGAUGAAAUUAUUAUAAAGGACAAAGCAAAGGGCAAGAAGAGUAAAGCAGUGGCCAAAUCUGGAGUCUCUAAUUUCCAGUGGGAUAUUAUGAGGUCUUUGGGCCUUUGUGACCAGGAAAUUGUUGAGUUUGCCAGUUCUGAGCACUGGCUGGAGUUCUUCCCUCCACUGGCUGUCAAAGACCUCAAAAAAAUGGGAGUCAAGGUGGACUGGAGGCGGUCCUUCAUUACUACAGAUGCAAAUCCCUUCUACGACUCCUUUGUCAGGUGGCAGUUUAUCAUACUGAAAGAGAGAAAAAAGAUCAAGUUUGGCAAAAGGUACACCAUCUACUCCCCUAAGGACAGGCAGCCAUGCAUGGACCAUGACAGGCAGACGGGAGAGGGAGUUGGACCUCAGGAGUACACUCUGAUCAAGAUGAAAAUAGUCGAACCUUACACAGCAAAAUUCAAAUCGAAAGUCUUUUAUAGCAGUUGCAUGAAAGGCAAAAACAUCUACUUGGUGGCUGCCACUUUAAGACCAGAGACUAUGUUUGGCCAGACUAACUGCUGGGUAAGGCCGGACAUGAAGUAUAUCGCCUUUGAGACUACUUCUGGAGACAUCUUCAUCUGUACCAGCAGAUCUGCAAGGAACAUGUCUUAUCAGGGCUUCACCAAGGAGAAUGGAGUGGUGCCAAUAGUUAUGGAAGUACUUGGUCAGGAUAUCCUUGGCUGUGCUCUGAGUGCCCCUCUGACCUCCUACAAUAUCAUUUAUGCUCUGCCGAUGCUCACCAUCAAGGAAGACAAAGGCACUGGAGUUGUUACCAGUGUACCAUCUGAUGCUCCUGAUGACAUCGCUGCUCUACGAGACAUCAAGAAGAAGCAGGCCUUGAGAGAGAAGUAUGGAAUAGAGGACAAAAUGGUGUUGCCUUUUGAGCCAAUUCCCAUAAUAGAGAUCCCUGGGUACGGGAGUCUGUCUGCUCCAAUGGUGUGUGAUGAACUGAAGAUCCAGAGCCAGAAUGACAAAGAUAAACUGGUUGAGGCCAAAGAGAAGGUCUACCUGAAGGGAUUUUAUGAAGGGGUUAUGCUGGUUGAGGGCUACAAGGGGCAAAAGGUCCAAGAUGUCAAGAAGCCAAUCCAGAACAUGAUGGUGGAAAGGGGGGAGGCCAUGAUCUACAUGGAGCCAGAAAAACAGGUCAUGUCUCGAUCAGCUGAUGAGUGUGUGGUGGCUCUCUGUGACCAGUGGUAUUUGGACUACGGGGAUGCAGAGUGGAAACAGGAGGCCAAUAAAGCCCUAAAGUCUUUGGACACAUUUUGUGAAGAAACGAGGCGAAACUUUGAGGCAACUUUGGCCUGGCUACAGGAACAUGCUUGUUCUCGCACCUAUGGGCUUGGAACACGUCUGCCUUGGGACCAGCAGUGGCUGAUCGAGUCUCUUUCGGACUCCACCAUCUACAUGGCUUACUACACUGUGGCCCACCUUCUUCAGGGAGGGGUUCUUAACGGACAGGGAUCCUCACCACUGGGCAUAAAGCCAGAACAGAUGACCAGAGAAGUUUGGGACUUUAUCUUCUUUAAGACAUUGCCAUUUCCCAAAACUGAUAUAUCUAAAGAGCAUCUACAGAGGCUGAGGAGGGAGUUUGAGUACUGGUACCCCGUGGACGUCCGUGUGUCUGGCAAAGACCUUGUGCCGAACCACUUAUCCUACUACCUGUACAACCAUGUGGCUAUGUGGCCCAAUGACAAUGGAAAGUGGCCAAAGGCAGUGCGAGCCAAUGGACAUCUGCUGCUUAACUCUGAAAAAAUGUCUAAAUCAACUGGAAACUUCCUCACCCUAAGCCAAGCUGUUGACAAGUUCUCAGCAGAUGGCAUGCGUCUGGCUCUCGCUGAUGCUGGCGAUACAGUGGAAGAUGCUAACUUCGUGGAGACUAUGGCCGAUGCUGGUAUUCUGCGUCUCUAUACCUGGGUGGAGUGGGUGAAGGAGAUGAUCGCCAACCAGGAGAACCUGAGGACAGGACCUGCUGACACUUUCAAUGACCGGGUCUUUGCCAGUGAAAUGAAUGCAGGUAUCUUGAAGACAGAGCAGCACUAUGACAGGAUGAUGUACAAAGAGGCUCUGAAAAGUGGAUUCUUUGAAUUUCAGGCAGCAAAAGAUAAGUAUCGGGAGCUGGCCAUUGAAGGCAUGCACAGAGAGCUUGUUUUCCAGUUCAUAGAGAGACAAACUCUGCUGCUGGCUCCUAUCUGCCCACACCUUUGUGAAUACACCUGGGGUCUGCUGGGGAAGCCUGGUUGUGUGGUAAAGGCCUCAUGGCCUGUGGCAGGUCCAGUUGAUGAGAUUCUGAUGCGUUCUUCUCAGUACUUGAUGGAGACGGCACACGAUCUCAGAAUAAGACUUAAAGCUUACAUGUUACCCCCAAAAAACAAGAAAGGUGACUCAAAACUCUUAACCAAACCCUCCCACAGCACCAUCUACGUUGCCAAGAGUUACCCUCCAUGGCAGCAUAGUGCCUUAUCCCUGCUUGGCAAGCACUACAAGAGUAACAAUGGCGUCCUUCCUGACAAUAAAUUGAUAGCUAGUGAACUGGGAGCACUCCCUGAACUGAAGAAGUACAUGAAGAAAGUGAUGCCUUUCGUCGCCAUGAUCAAGGAGAAUCUGGAGAAGAAUGGUCCCAGGGUUCUGGAUCUGGAACUGGAGUUUGACGAACGGGCAGUUCUGACGGAGAACCUUGUUUAUCUGACAAAUUCUUUGGAGUUGGAGCAGAUUGAGGUCUUGUUUGCAUCUGAGGCUGACGACAAAGUGAAGGAGGAGUGUUGCCCUGGGAAACCAUUUUGUGUUUUCAGAUCAGAGCCUGGGGUGUGCGUGUCCCUCAUCAACCCCCAGCCAUUCAGUGGCCUGUUUUCUGCAAAGGUUGAAAUCCGACAGGGGGACAACAGAGACAGCAUCAUCUGCCGGCUAGCUAAAGUCAACAGACUCAUCAAAGAUUUGUCCAGAGUGAAGCUGAUGCGGUACGAGGACCCGGUGCUUGGGCCACGCCGGGUGCCUGUCGUGGGACAGGAGGAGAACGGCAAAGUUCUCAUCUCCAACAGUUCUGUGUUCAGCGUCAGUCUGGAGGAGAAGAGGGUCACUCUGACUGAUAACGGUCUCACGGUGGAUAUCGGGGACACUCUGGCUUAUCUGGUUCAUUAGAGCACAUUAUACAAACAGG